AUGAAUGCCCAGCUGGGUGUCCCUACAGCAUUGGUUGGUAAGCCCACUGAGCUGCCUUCUUCUACCAUUAAGACAUACAACCUACUUCUGAUUGGGUAUUUACGAGGAGGAACGACACUUCUGGGAGAAAUUCUGGGGCUUCGAAACGACAGUUUUUAUGUUUAUGAACCACUUCACAAGAUGGCAGAAUUUGAAUACUUCAAGGCCGGCUAUGUGUGCAGCAUGAACAACGAAUCGUGCAGGAAGGCCAACGAGACUACUGCAAUGGAUAUAAUACGGGCGAUAUAUAGAUGUGAUUUCCACCAUUACCAGGACCAAUUAAGAAUAUUUCAACACAUGAAAUCCCGAGGUCUGGAAUCAAUCAACGACCGUAAAUGGAAGCUUGCUUUUGUGGAAUGUCACGGGGAAUGGAGAGGUUGUCCAGAGAGCUACCAAAGCCGAUGCUCAAGUCGUAGUUCAAUAGUUAGCAAAGUACCAAGACUUAGCGUUGGUCUAGCAUCAAAGCUUUUGGACACAUUUUCGAACUUGAAAAUAAUUCAUCUUGUGAGAGAUCCAAGAGGUAUCAUGAACUCGAGGUCAAAACUUCAUUGGACUCCAGUACCGGAGGGCGCCAUAUCAUUGUGUAAGAAAAUGAAGGAUGAUUAUUUCGACUCAAAAAAAAUAAAAGAAGUUUACCAUGAGAGAAUAUUUACGUUAUCUUACGAGAAUAUCACGAAACAUCCAGUAGAAACCCUAAAGGAAAUUUAUAACUUAGCAGGUUACAAUUUCGAUGCAGCUGAAGAAGUCCGCGUUGCUAAACGGACAUCCUCCUCCACAUCAGAGUCCCCAAGCAAUACAUAUCGUCAGAACUCUUCAAAAACUGCAGAUGCUUGGAGAAAACAAAUACCAAAGAAUGUUCUCUCGGAAACUAACAAAGCCUGCUCAAGUUUGUAUCCUCUUUUGGGAUACCCUAUUAUCUAA